AUGACGACCAGAAGCCCGCCAGUAGAGCCUGAGGAAUUUCGCGGCCAGACGCUGACGCCCGUCUCACCGAAGCCCAUUCAUUAUCCCGCGCCCGCCAACAUACCCGUGCUUGAGAAGCAGAUGGAUCCCGUCUUCAAUGACACGGCGACCCACUACCCGCCCGAUGACGCCCAGCAAGACCAGCAAGACAAGCAGAGCACACACUCGUCGGCCGACUCGCUGUACGCCGACCAGCCCGCUGCAGAGCCGCCGCGCGAGCCGCCGCCGCAGCAGGACGACGAGUACGCGCGGUCGCUGGCGUUUGAGGAUGGAGAGGGCGCGGAUAAUCAGGAUACCUCAAAAAUCCAGAACUUCGCAGAUUCGAGCUCCGUCCCCGCUGAUGCGCCCAGUGACGCUGCCCAGCCGCCCUACACCAGCCAGCCCUAUGCACCGCCCAACGGCAAUGACGGCGGCGUUGACUUCCAGGCCUUGCUGGAUAACCUAGCCAAUGCCUCUGCUCCUGCCGACCAGAAUGCUCAGGCGCAAGCCAACCCAUCUCAAGUGCCUGCUCCGCCAGUCCAGACCUCUGCGCUGCCCGGCAAUCCCAACCUCCCUCCUCGCCCUCCGCCUCAAGAGAAGCCCGCCACGCAUCCCAACUACACGCCCGGAGAUGACAUUCGCUCCUAUCACCCCCACAGCCAAAAGAACCCCGCCGCCUCGUACCGCGCCCAGCCCGGCCUGCCGCCUUUGAUGACCCAGGGCCAGGCGCCGGGAUCCGCCGGCGCGGCCCUGCCCCAGGCUGCCUACCAGCAAACCCCUGUCUCGGCCAUGUCCCAGCGCACCGCCAGCCCAGCAACCCCCAGCUACCGCCAGCGCGACUCGCUCGACCGCCGCUCAGACCGCGACCAGGUCGAUGACAGCGACGUGCCGUGGGGCCCUGACGUGCAGAAGCUGUACGACGAAUUCCUGCAGGAUGAAAGAGUUUACGUGACCGAAGGCCAAUGGGACAAGUUCCCCCCCAACUCGCGCCUGUUUAUUGGCAACCUACCAACCGAGAAAGUGACCAAGCGCGACCUCUUCCACAUCUUCCACCGCCAUGGCAAGCUCGCCCAGAUUUCCAUCAAACAGGCAUACGGGUUUGUUCAGUUUUUGGAUGCCGGCGCCUGCUUGCGGGCACUCCAAUCAGAGCAGGGUCAAGUCGUGCGUGGCCGGAAAAUGCACCUGGAGAUCUCCAAGCCGCAAAGAAACACUCGGAACGCUGAUGACAAGACCCAACGUAAUGACCGCAACGGUGCCCGGCGUAGGUCUCGAUCCCCUGACUACACCCGCGGCGGCACCACCACUGCCCCGAGGAAUGUAGACAGGUACACAGGCGCAAGCAGCGGUUCACCUCGCAGAGAUGAGUUCCGGAGGAGCAGAGACGACUACCGCCCAGGAAGAUCACCUUCGCCACGUGGUUACCGCCGGGGUGGUCGUGACCGGAGCCGUGACCGCUAUGAUGGCCGUAGGAGAAGCAGAUCAAGAUCACCUUAUGGCCGCAGUGGGAGAUACAGAAGCCCCACCCCCCGCCGUGACCCCGAUGACGACCUGACACUUCCUCGAAGGCAUCCUCGUGAUGUGCCGGAUGUGCAAAUUCUCGUCUUACAGCCUGGCGAAGUGGACAGGAACUUCAUUGCCUGGGUUGAGCGGAGUUUCCAGGAAGCGGGCGUUCGCGCUGACGUUCUCCUCUUGAGCCCACGUCUGGAUGAAGCAGCAGUAGUUCGGCGCCAGAUCCUUGAAGGCGUCCAUGCUGUUUCACGCAUAACACGCCUUAGCCAGCAGACGGGAAAAAUCCCUUUGCAGGUCUUCAACCGGAGUGCUGGCCAGUCCAAUGUCACGUUCGAAGAAUAUGACAAUCUCGAUGUGCCCGUCUGCGCCCAACUCAUCCGCCGCGCCAAAGAGCAAAGCAUGCCGCCUCCUACACCGACCUACCCUGCAGCCUACGGCAUGCCUCCUCCACAGUACGGCAUGCCACCCGUCCCACCACCUGCAGCCUCAUACGGCAUGCCGACCCAGCCCGUCGCACCACAAACCGCGCCUCCUGGCGCUGGCCCGGAUCUCUCCAGCCUCAUCACCAAUCUCGACUCCAACGGCCUCCAGAAGCUGCUUGCAGGCAUCCAACAGCAGCAGCCCCCCGCCGCCCCCCAGCAGCAGCAACAGCCCCUCCCAACCGCCGUCCUCACUCCCGGUUCGACCGGCAUGACGCCCGACCUCGCCCGUCUGCUCAGCGGCGCCGCUUCCGGCCCGCCUACCGCCGUUGCGCCGCAGCAGCAGCCGCCGCCGACAGCAUAUCCUCCGCAGCAACAAGCAUGGCAGCAGCAUCCCGGCGCUCCCGGUGGCGGCCCCGUCAGCCCCUUCGCUUCUCUGCAGGGCAACCCGGCCCUUGCCGGGCUCAUACCGCAGGGACAGCAGCAACCACCGCCGCACCAGCACCAGCAGCAGAUUCCUAAUCACCAGCAACUGCAGCCCGGCGCAGUGCCGCCUCCCGCGGGAGAUAUGCAGGAAAUCAUGGCGCAGUUGGCGAAGUACAGGCGCUGA